AUGGGCAAUCCUUUUUUACAUAAAACUUCCUCAGUCAUAUUUUCAAAUACUUUAACAUCUUCUAUAGAUAACACACUUAAACUUUCUAAGGAAACAGGAUGUUCAGGAUCUUUGAUAUUUCUUAUAAUUUCAAAUACUGUUUCUCUAUUAACUUCCGUUAGUUUACCAUCAGUUAAUUCUAUAUUAAUGUCUUUAUAUUUAUUAUUUGAUUUCAUUUGUAACGUUUCGUUGCAAUACUCAGAAUUAUCCGCUGUGUUGUUUAUAAACAUGGGAUUAAUUUUUAACUGA